AUGCCGGAGUACGCAUCGCAUUUUUACCAACCGGAGCGCGUGGAAUCCGGUAUCACAACCCGGAAGAUCGUCCGAAGCAGCGGCAGUGCGGCGAGCAGUACAACUCUGUCCAAGGUACAACAGAUUCCCCUAUUUUCAAAGCUUCAAGAAACAAUAGCUAAAAUUAAAUAUCUAAAACUGGACAAUGUCAUCAAAGGUAUAAAAGUUGACCAAAUCCUAAGAAUUCAUGACUUGAGUAACCGUGGCUGGAUGUUUCUGUAUCUGCACCAACACCAGGUAAGCGGGAAUGACGUAAUCAAGGAUGCAGCAGCAGGCUUGCAAACAAAAGGAAAGACGAUACGCGAACAUUUUGCAGUAUGUAGAACUUUCUUAGUUGCAAGGUUCAGUUUCCGGGACCAGGCCAUGCAGCCAGAAACUAGGUUGCCGCAUCCUAGUAAUCCGAUUGUCAUGAAGAGGACGAGGGAGAGGGAGGAGAGGGCAAAAGCAGAGUUCUAUCGGACUAAUCAUCCAAAUGGGGGCUAUACAGCCAUGUCCGACUUCCCAUUUACACUCAGUCCGCUUGCUGUCGAUCCUCUUAUAUGCGGCCUUUGA